AUGUUCGCAGAUGAUGUUGCACUGAACGGGGAGACAAAUGAGGAUGUGGAAGAGAGGCUGGAGCAGUGGAGAAGAGCAUUGGAAGAUAGAGGGAUGAAGGUGAGCAGGCAUAAAACGGAGUACCUUUGUAUGGGGGAUCAAGAUCCAGAGAGAGCAGUAGAAAUGCAGGGUUUGAAACUGAACAGAGUCCAAGAGUCUAAGUACCUUGGUUACACAGUGCAGAGCGACGGGGCAUCGGACAAGGAGGUUGGUAAGAGGAUACAGGCGGGAUGGAAUGCUUGGAGAAAGAUCACUGGGCUGCUAUGCGACAGACGGGUCCCAGCAAAGUUGAAAGGCCGGCUAUUCAAGACAAUGGUACGACCGGCGAUGCUGUAUGGGAUGGAGGCAGUCGCGGUAACGAAGGGACAAGAGAGGAAGAUGGAAGUAGCUGAGAUGAGGAUGCUACGAUUCUCACUGGGGAAGACAAGGCUAGAUCGGGUACGAAACAGCACCAUCAGAGAGACAAUGGGGGUAGGCGCACUGGAGAAGAAGCUGAGGGAGUGCAGGCUGAGAUGGCUAGGACAUGUGGAUCACUCUCAAGGGCCCAUCUAUGAAAUAAAGGGAGAGGGGACUCUUUAG